CCGCAUCAGUCUGCGCCACAUCUUCUUAAUGAGGCUGAGCACUGCACGGAUCAGGAGGUUUACACGCUCAAGCUGCAUCUGCCGUCAGCUGAUUUAAAUUGCAACAGGUAUCCACGGGAACACAUAGCUUUUUUCCCCACCCCUUCCACGCGAAGCCGGGAUGCGCCGCUCCGACGCUGACGCAGCCGUGGAUUACUUUGACUUUACUUUCGACCUGUAAUCAGGCAUCCCGGAGGAGAGAGGAGGAGACCGGGGUAUUUACGGAUUCUAUUUCUGACGUAAACAAACACAGCUGAGACGUCCACACUUCAGGAACUAUAUUGUAAGGAGGAAUUAACUUCCAGCUGGAAGUAAAUAUAGCCUACACGUAGCACAACACACAGAGGCGCGUUCAGGGGACAAGAAGCUGAGCUCAGUCAUGGAAGUCGCAGCGGCCGAUCAGUCUCGGUGGAUGGCGCACCAUCACGCGGUGCUGAACGGCCAGCACCCGGACUCUCACCACCACAGCCUGAGCCACAACUACAUGGAGCCCAUGGCGCCGCUGCUGCCCCAGGACGAGGUCGACAUGUUUCUCAACCACUUGGACUCUCAAGGGAACCCAUAUUACGCCAACUCCCGGGCGAGAGUCACGUACAGCCAAGCACACGCUCGCCUCACUGGGAACCAGGUCUGUCGUCCACACCUCAUCCACAGCCCGAGCAUUUCCUGGCUGGACCCGGGCAAAGCAGCGCUGUCUGCCGCGCACCACCACAACGCAUGGGCGGUCAGCCACUUCAGCAAGCCCGGCCUGCACCCCACCGGCUCCGGCUACGCCUGCAGCAGCAGCACCGGCACGGCUCCCGUGUCCUCGCUCACGCCGGCGUCCCACUCGAGCCCUCACCUCUACAGCUUCCCCCCCACUCCGCCGAAAGACGUCUCCCCGGACCCGGGCCCGACCUCCCCGACCUCCACCUCGACCAGGAUGGACGAGAAGGAGUCCAUCAAGUACCAGGUGCCGCUGACGGACGGGAUGAAGAUGGAGAGCUGCAGCCCGCUGCGCGGCGGCCUGGCCUCCAUGAACGGCCAGGCCGCGGCCACGCACCACCCCAUCCCGACCUAUCCGGCCUACCCCCUGCCCACGCCCCACGACUACAGCGGCAGCCUCUUCCACCCCGGCAGCCUGCUCGGCGGGUCCUCCUCCAGCUUUACGCCCAAAUGCAAAAGCAAAACCCGGUCGAGCUCAGAGGGCCGUGAAUGCGUGAACUGCGGCGCCACCUCCACCCCGCUGUGGCGGCGGGACGGCACCGGCCACUACCUGUGCAAUGCCUGCGGACUGUACCACAAGAUGAACGGACAGAACCGGCCGCUCAUCAAGCCCAAACGCAGACUGUCCGCCGCUAGACGUGCAGGCACCUGCUGCGCAAACUGCCAGACCACCACCACCACCCUGUGGAGGCGCAACGGGAACGGAGACCCGGUGUGUAACGCCUGCGGCCUUUACUUUAAACUACACAAUGUCAACCGGCCCUUGACCAUGAAGAAAGAAGGCAUCCAGACGCGCAACCGCAAGAUGUCCAGCAAGUCCAAGAGGAGCAAGCGGGCCGGGGACGGCUUCGACGAGCUGUCCAAGUGCAUGCAGGACAAGGCCUCGCCCUUCGGCGCCGCGCCGGGCCUCGCCGGCCACAUGACCCACAUGGGUCACCUUCCUCCGUUCAGCCACUCGGGACACAUGCUGCCCACGCCCACGCCCAUCCACCCCUCCUUCGCUCACCCCCACCACGCCAACCGGUCGCCGGUCUGGGCCGAGCCUCACUGAGGCCCCUCCAGAACCAAGACGACUCCUCCGUCCGCAGGAGCCGCCAACACUAAGCGGCCGGGAGCCGCGCGGCGCUGCUCCCGUCACCUACGGUGGUUGGAGGGAGGUUGGACUCGAUGGCUGAUGCCCGCGUCACGCUCGGCGGCAGGACCCGUUUGGACUCUGUGAAGACCCAAGGUGGUGGUGGGGGGGGGGCGGGGGCGCUCCUCUGGUGUCUGAGCUUUGCAGGAGGGGAGUGAAUGGAGGCGCCUGUCGUUGGGCUUUGCUUAUUUGUACUGAGUCACUUUGGUACCAGCUUCUCCUCGGCCCCGGUAAGAGGAGACUCAUGAGAGGUCUUAUUGUUCUCACCUCACUGCCAUCUCAUCACGUAUUGACACCCGCGCAGCCCGUCCACCUCCAGACGGACCCCUCCGUGAGGCGGGACCACGGCUCCCACCACCGGUCAGGCUGAGGCCAUAUUACCCACGAACCGGUGCACUCCUCGCACGCUGGACUGUUCACCCACACAGUGCUCACCCGUUUUUAAUAAUGGACUUUUAUGGAAAAAAAGACAGUAAAUAAGAGUGUUUAUAAAUGCUUAAUUGCUAUUAUUGUUGUUAUAUUUGAUGUUAUAAUUAUUGCUACGAUAAUUUAUUUUCACUCUCUAAGCUUUCAUCGAAGACACACGGAAAUUGUUAUGAUUUUGAUUUCAUGGUUAUUACGUAAAGAAAAAAACACUGACCUAUCUUAGAUGAAAAAGUCCCUGAGCUGUACGUUUUUAUCAUUUUUCCAUCUCACAAACGUAAAGGAAAUAAAGUUUAAUACAGCAGUCA